AUGACCGUGGGAAUUUCUGUGAAUCAGGCGAUGGCAACAGACCUCAGCCGGCUGAACAUGGCGUUUGGAGAGGAGCCGGGCAUCAAGGCCAGCUCCCCAUCCAUGAGCAGCAUGCAGACGGACAGAGACAGCCACUCCGGAGGCUGCUCGUCACCCACUCUGUCGGAGUGCUUCAACCCCUUCGACUCCCCGCGCGUCCACUCGCGAGAGCAACCGCAUCUCAAUGGCUCGCACGGGAGGGUGUCGCACUCGCCCAGCAAGAGCGGCGUGCAUCCAUCAACGUCCCCCGUGAAGCCUCACUUGACGGCUGCUGGCAGCUGCCAGGGGUCGCUGGCGUCGCCCAUGCAGGGAACAACUGGGCGCAGGGGCCACCUCAGCCGGCGGGGCGCUGCCCUGGAUGCAGGCGAGCGGCUGCCUCCGUCGCCGUCCGACCCCCAGCUCGGCAUGGACCUGCGCAGGACCGCCCUCCUGCGCAGCCUGCUCCUGCGGACCGAGGAGAAGGUGCGGGCGACGCCGGGGGCGGCCAUGCGGCGGCGCAGCAGGAUGUCGGACAUCAUGUACAGGUCCGCGCCAGAGCCGUACGUGCGAGGUGGCGGCCUCAGGUCACUGUCCGAGCUGGCCUCCCCUGAUGGCUCUGCGGACAUGGAGCUUGGGGGAUCACCCAGCUCUGAUGACGAGGAUGAUAUCCAGGGGGCCAGGCAGGGCAACAGCCUGAAGAUGGGUGCUAUUUUCAGUCUGUCGGAUACAGAAGAUCUGACCUUGAGGGAGCGAGCCUCGCUGAUCCUGGGAGAGGCCAGCAGGGAAGCACAUAGGCACCUGGAUGAUGCACUGGACCCCGACUCCGUCCUGCAGCCUGUGAAUUUUGAAAAGACCAUCAGGCAUAGAACAUGA